AUGCUUCUGUUGGCCUUGAGUGAUGCUCACAUUCCGGAACGCGCAAUAGACCUUCCGCACAAGUUCAAGAAACUCAUCGGUGUACCGAACAAGAUAGAGCAAGUGGUUCUUUUAGGGAAUUGCACAAAAAGUUAUAGCUUCGUGAAGUUCGUAGAACACAUCUCCUCGAACAUAGUGGUCGUUAGAGGUGAAUUCGACUCCAAAAGCUUGCCCUCGACCAAAAAUGCACGCGAGGAGAUUCCGUUGAGCACAAUUAUUAAGCAGGGGAACUUCACAAUCGGCUGCUGCAACGGUUACACGGUUGUACCCAAAAGUGAUCCGCUAGCGUUGCUAACGUUAGCCCGCCAAUUGGACGUAGACAUUAUCCUGUGGGGUGGAACCCACAAUGUCGAAGCCUACACUUUGGAGGGCAAGUUUUUCAUAAAUCCAGGCACAUGCACGGGCGCUUUCAGCACCGACUGGCCACCGUCGCAGGAUCCUGAAGCCGAACCUGACAAAAAAACGGAUGAAACAGGAUCUUUCGCUGAUGCAGAGCCUGCUUCUGCUGCAGCAGCUGCUGCUGCUGCUGUUGACGAAACGAAUGAAGCAGAGACCGAGUCCGACGACGAAGCUGACACUCAAAGCGUCUCCAGUUUCUGUCUUCUGGACAUUCAGGGCUCCACAUGCACGCUUUACAUCUACACACUUGUUGAAGGCGAAGUGAAAGUCGAUAAAGUUGUCUACAACAAGAGUUGA